AUGGCAGAAGCAGUUCUUUUUGGCGUUGCAGAAGAAGUACUUAAGAAUUUGGGAUCAACUGCGCUUGAUGAUAUUGCCUCGGCUUGGGGCUUCAAGGCUCGGCUUGAGAAGCUCAAGAACACCAUCAGCACAAUCAAAGAUGUGCUCUUGGAUGCUGAGGAGAAGCAAGCUGAUAGUCAUGCUGUUCGUGGUUGGCUUGAAAGGCUUACCACUGCUGUCUAUGCUGCUGAUGAUCUAUUUGAUGAAAUCGCUACAGUUGCAUCAAGAAGGCAGCUCAUGGGGGGAAACAAAUUGACUAAAGAAGUAAAAAACUUUCUUUUCCCGGUGCAAUCAGAUCAAGAAAUUAUUGGUAGAGAUGGUGAUAAGAAAGCUUUGUUAGAUUUGAUGUUUGCCUCCUCUUCUACUGAUGAUGUUCCUGAGCACGAGUUGCUCCCUGUUAUCUCAAUUGUGGGGAUUGAAGGCCAAGGGAAAACCACUUUAGCACAACUCAUAUAUAAUGAUGAUCAAGUUGACAUACACUUUGAGCUGAGAUUAUGGGUAUGUGUAUCUGACAUCUUUAAUGUCAAGGGAAUUAUAGAAAAGAUGCUCAUGUCAGCAACAAACACUGAAACUCCAAAAUUAGAUAUGGAGCAAUUACAGGGUCGGUUGCGGCAGGAAAUUGGUGACAGGAAAUACUUCCUUGUUCUCGAUGAUGUUUGGAACGAAGAUCGUGAGGAAUGGAUCAAGCUCAGGGCUCUGUUGAAGAUUGGUAGAAAGGGAAGUAUGAUUCUGGUAACUACUCGAUCAAGGGAGGUGGCAAACAUAAUGAGCACUCUUCCUCCAUAUCAAUUACAAGGCCUAUCUGAAGAGAACUCAUGGGAUUUAUUUGUAAAGAUGGCAUUUAUGCCUGGACAAGCUCAAAAGGAGCCACAUCUUGUGAAAGUCGGUAAGGAAAUUAUUAACAAAUGUGCCAAUGUUCCUUUGGCUGUAAGAACUUUAGGCAGUCUUCUUUAUGGUAAGGAUGAAAGUAAGUGGUGGUCAUUCAAUGAUACAACUCUUGCUAAUAUUUCUGAGAAUCAAAAUAACAUUAUGAGCAUUCUCAAGCUUAGCUACCACCACCUAUGGUCUCCGUUGAAGAAUUGUUUCACUUAUUGCGCACUGUUUCCCAAGGACUCCAGAUAUAAGAAGGAGAUAUUGAUCGAUCUUUGGAUGGCUGAGGGUUUCAUUAUUCCCACAAACGAAAACCAAAGUCUGGAAGACCUUGCUGAAGAGUAUUUCCUUAUGUUGUUGCAACGAUGCUUCUUUCAGGAUAUAAUCAGAAAUGAAUGGGGGGCCAUUACGAGCUGUAAAAUGCAUGACUUGAUGCACGAUCUUGCUCAAGAAGUGGCUGGAGUCAAGUUCAAGGUAACAAAGUUUGGAGACAGUAACUUCAACAAUAGAAUCCAUCACUUAUCCUUCAAUUAUCGUUUGAGUUCCUCGUGGAAAAUACCCAGUUGCAUGCUAGAUUUGAAGCUUCUGCGAACAUUUCUUUUGCCAGUGCAAAGGGAAGAUGGCUUGAUCUUAGGCAAAUCAACUUGUCUAGAGAUAUUAUCAAAUUUCAGAUGCUUAAGAGUGUUGGAUCUACAUCACCUUGGCCUCCAAUGCUUGCCCAGUUCAAUAUGCCAAUUGAUUCACUUAAGGUACCUUAAUCUCUCUGUGACGUCUAUUAAAGAUCUACCUGCUUCAGUCAAUGGAGCAAAGGCAAACUUGAGCAGUAAACACAGGUUGACAGAAUUGCAUAUAGAUCUGACAGGGUUGGAUGAAGAUGUAAGUGACUAUGAUAUAGCAGUGAUGGAAGGCCUCCAACCACAUCCUAAUCUAAGAAAGCUAAGGAUUGGUGGGUUUAGAGGUCAGAAGCUCCCAAGUUGGAUAAUGAUAGAUAAUAUAUCUGGUAGUCUUCUUCUAAAUCUUGUUGAGAUUAGACUUUAUAGGUGUGAAAGAUGCCUGGAAGUCCCGACUUUUGGGCGACUACCUUUCUUAAAGCGUCUUACUCUUGAAAAUCUGUCUAGUCUGGAAUACAUGGAGAAUGAUAUAUGUGACCUUUCCUCAUCAUCGUCACUACCACCACCAAUAGAAGCAGUGUUCUUCCCAUCUCUUGAAGAACUUAUGCUAAUUGGUUUGAGUAAUCUCAAGGGAUGGUGGAAAGUAGGCGCAAUUGUUAAUAAUGACAAAAAAGAAGUAUCAUAUCAAUUGGCGCAAGAUAACUUAUUAUUAAUGUCAUUUUCUAAUCUAUCAAAGUUAUGGAUAGAAAGGUGCCCCAACCUGAUGGUCCUGCCUCUUAGUCCUAAUGUGGAGAAAUUGACGCUGGUGGAGAUCAACAAGACCCUAGCAGUGUUAAAGAUGACAACUUCUUUUCCCCAGUGUAGUUCAAAGCUGAAACAGUUGAGCAUCGAUAACAUUGAAGACCUUAUAUCCCUGCCAAAAGAAUAUAUGCGUCAACUUUCCUUACUAGAGGUGCAAGAUGGCAACUUGAAAGCCUUCAAAAGUCUUCGUUAUUUGCAAUUGCGAGAGAUUCCUAAACUAGUGGCUUUUCCUAGAGGUCUUCAACAUCUGGCGAACCUUCGUUCUUUAGAAAUAAGGUUUAUCAAGGAUUUGAAAGAAUUACCAGAAUGGAUCAGUUGUUUCCAGUCUCUUGAGCAUAUAGAAUUGUUUGAUUGUCCCAAAUUGACAUCAUUACCAGAAGGCUUCCGCAAGCUUACUUCUAUAACUCAACUUCGAAUCAUUGAGUGUCCGGGAUUAGCAGAGAGAUGCCAAGGCCCAAAUGGUAAGGAUUGGACAAAGAUUCAACAUAUCCCACUUGUAAGUAUUCGAGAGAGCAUCUUCGAUUGAUGUUCCAGUUACCUGAACGCCGCCAUUAAUGCUAAAUUUGCGCAUGUAUUUUUGUGGGCAUGUGUGUGUGCUUGUGUAUGUACUAGACCUGGUUUGCUUUGUUCUAGUCUUCUAGAAUCUAGGUAUAUAAAUCUAUAGCUAGAGUACUUGUAUCUGAUGUACUUUCUAUAAUCUAGAGAAAGUGUAAGUUUUAGGAGAGUAACUUAUGCCUUAAAAGUAAAAUCCCCUUGAAUUUCAAUCUUUAAUCGAUUCAAGGCAGUGGAAGGCAGUAGAGCACCACGAAAGUACUCUCUCCUUGUAAAUCAGGCUAAAUUUUCGCAAAUGCUAAAUUAAAUUGAAAAUGUAUGAUACAGUUCUUUUUUCAU